CAACCCCUACAUGUGCAAUAAUGAGUGUGAUGCAAGCACCCCCGAACUGGCACACCCCCCUGAGCUGAUGUUUGAUUUCGAAGGAAGACAUCCCUCUACAUUUUGGCAGUCUGCCACUUGGAAGGAGUACCCCAAGCCUCUCCAGGUGAACAUCACUCUGUCUUGGAGCAAAACCAUCGAGCUAACAGACAACAUAGUAAUUACCUUUGAAUCGGGGCGCCCAGACCAAAUGAUCCUGGAGAAGUCUCUUGAUUAUGGACGAACAUGGCAGCCCUACCAGUAUUAUGCCACAGACUGCCUUGACGCUUUUCACAUGGAUCCUAAAUCCGUGAAGGAUUUGUCACAGCAUACAGUCCUAGAGAUCAUUUGCACAGAGGAGUACUCCACAGGGUAUACAACAACUAGCAAAAUAAUCCACUUUGAGAUCAAAGAUAGGUUUGCGUUUUUUGCUGGACCUCGGCUACGCAACAUGGCCUCCCUCUACGGUCAGCUGGAUACCACCAAGAAACUCAGAGAUUUCUUUACAGUCACAGACCUGAGGAUAAGGCUGUUAAGACCAGCCGUAGGGGAGAUAUUUGUAGAUGAACUACACUUAGCACGCUACUUUUACGCGAUCUCGGACAUAAAGGUGCGAGGAAGGUGCAAGUGUAACCUCCACGCCACUGUGUGUUUGUAUGACAACAGCAAAUUGACAUGUGAAUGUGAGCACAACACGACAGGUCCAGACUGUGGGAAAUGCAAGAAGAAUUAUCAGGGCCGACCUUGGAGUCCAGGCUCAUAUCUUCCCAUUCCCAAAGGCACUGCAAAUACCUGUAUCCCCAGUAUUUCCAGUAUUGGUAAUCCUCCAAAGUUUAAUAGGAUAUUGCCGAAUAUUUCUUCCCUUGAGGGUUCUAACCCAAAACAAGUUGCUCCCAAAUUAGCUUUGUCAACAGUUUCUUCUGUUCAAGUUGCAAACCACAAGAGAGACUGUGAAUGCUUCGGCCACUCCAAUCGAUGCAGUUAUAUUGAUCUGCUCAAUACAGUCAUUUGCGUGAGCUGUAAACACAACACUAGAGGGCGGCACUGUGAGUUAUGCAGGCUGGGCUACUUCAGAAAUGCUUCUGCACAGCUGGACGAUGAGAAUGUGUGCAUAGAGUGUUAUUGUAACCCUUUGGGCUCAAUCCAUGAUCGUUGUAAUGGCUCAGGAUUUUGUGAGUGUAAGACUGGAACGACAGGGCCUAAGUGUGAUAAGUGUCUGCCGGGAAAUUCCUGGCACUACGGCUGUCAACCCAAUGGAUGUGAGAGCAAUCUCCUGCACUGCCAGAACGGAGGGACGUGCCACAACAACGUGCGCUGCUUGUGCCCGGCCGCGUACACGGGCAUCUUCUGCGAGAAGUUGCGGUGCGAGGAGGCGGGCAGCUGCGGCCCGGACUCGGGCCAGGCCGCGCCCCCGCACGGCUCCCCCGCGCUGCUGCUGCUGCUGCUGCUGCUGCUGGGGACUGCCAGCCCCCUGGUGUUCUAGGCGUCCCACCCAGCCGCCGCCGGACAGGCCUGUGCCGUGGGGACAGCCACACCAGCCAAGCAUCUUUGCUCCUAACGUAGGAAACACACGCACCAGACACCCCCACUCAGACAGUGUCCCAGCUAAGGAGGCCUCGCCGAACUAAGCCAUAUUUAUCAGCCGGGGACAGCCCAUCCGAGUCAAGACUGUUAAUUUCUGACGCCAGAGGAGUUGGCAGCUGUUGGCAGUCUCGCUCCAAAUCGCAUGGCCAGCUGCAAAGCAUAUUGUGGAUUGACAGGCUGUGAUAGC